AUGCAGUCACUCGUUUUCCUGCUUGCUCUGUCGGUGGCAUCUGCCUCCCUGAUACCAAGGACAAGUCCGAACCUACCCUCCUCGGCGUUCCCAAAAUUCCAUACCCUCUCACAAUCUGAUGCAGAGGCUGGAAAGGACCUACCCGAGGGCUUCAAUACAUCAGCCCCGCACACCAAUGCUCUGAAUGCGGCAGCUACAGUAGUGACCGCCGCAGAGGCAGCCUGCAGUGCGAGCCCCAACAUGCGGUUUGAAUGGCGCCAAUAUUCAGGUUCAGACCGACUCGCAUUCAUCGCUGGUAUCAAAUGCCUCAUGAACAAACCCCCUUCUGGAAACUUCCCGCCGUCAACGAGUCGAUACGAAGAUUUUGUCCGCCUCCAUCAAUUAGAUAUGCCCAAUGUCCAUGGCAACCCCAAGUUCUUGGCCUGGCACAGAUACUACCUCUGGACGUUCGAGCAAGUUAUGCGAGACGAGUGCGGCUUUGAUCGGGCUUGGCCAUGGUGGGAUGAGACGUUGGAUGCUGGCAAGUUCGCGCAGUCGGAUAUGUUUACCAACACGGCAUACUUUGGUCAUCUACCGCCGCCAGAUGCGAAUGGGAACGGAUAUUGUAUCGAGAGUGGUGCCUUCGCAGGCCUGACUUGCCACAUUGGACCCGGAUCGAGCAAUACACCUCACUGUCUUUCACGCGCUGUCGACGAAACCCAGACGGCGCAGUGCAAUACUGGUUUUGUCAACUACUGCAACUCGCGGACCUCGUACUCGGAUAUGGAGAGCUGUGCUGAGGGAGGUCCUCAUGCGUAUGGACACGACGGUAUUGGAGCUGUCAUGUCAGAUGUUUCAGCAAGUCCUAGCGAUCCCAUCUUCUGGAUGCACCACUCUUUCGUCGACCAUGGGUUCCGCAUCUGGCAGAACGCUGAUGUUGCAGAUCGCACGACAAGUAUCAAUGGUAAUGACCAUAACGGCAAUCCUUUGACGAUGGAUACAAUGGUGUCUGUGGGCGGAAUUCGUCCUGAUGUUAGGAUUGGUGAUAUUAUGAAUACUUUAGGUGGAGUGUCGAUUGGUGGAGUACCGUUCUGCUACCGCUAUACUUAUUAA